GGCAGCAGGGGGGAGUCAGCUACCGUCACCUGUGUCAUCGUCACACCCAUCAGCAGUUUACUUGUACACCUGUGUCUCAGGUGUCAGGAGAGAGAGAGAGAGCGUCUUAAAACCGGCACCUGAAGGACUCAAGCUACAAACAAGAUUUGUGAAUUUCACCACAAAGCCCUCUCUUCCCAUGAGACUUGUCACAUCAUGAGAUCACGAAACCUCUUCCUACUGGUUUACUUACUGGGGAGCUGCUUUGAGACAUCAGGCACACAAAGAUAUGAAACCUGCACUACAAGAGAAACCUGCGGCCAGGGGCCAGAUUCUACCUCGCAGUUCCUACAAUGUGUGGGACUGCCAUCGACAGAUACAGGGAGAGACCACAUGCGGAGGCUGAAAGGAAUGCUUGAAGCGACAAUGGAUUUGUACACAUUCAUGAGGUCCAGCAUGACGGGAGUGCCACUUCUCAGCCUGCAGGGGGCUCUGGCUUUAAACCCUGGAGCAGACCCUCUCCAGAACGAAGCCCUGGUCCAGAUGUGGAUGGAGGUGAAGAUAAAACCGUUGUUGAAAUCUAUCACCAAACACUUCCUGUCCUGCCUCAGCACCAAGAACUUCAGCUGCUCCACCUACCAGACUGUGGUGAGGGAGCUCAGUUACCAUUAUUCUGAGAUGAAUCCAGUCACACAAAAGUGGAUCUACACAUUCUUUAUGUACCCAUUUCUGUCUGGAGACAGAGUAGAUGGUUGUGUGAGCAAAGAGGAGAGCAGUGAGGAGUGGUUAAUGAAGAAUUUUGGGGCCUUCAGAGCCAUGGCCCAAAUGGACGACCUUUCAACACUCAACAUGGCCUUCAGUGGAUUGGAGGUUCUUAACCUGCUGUCUCCAGCGCAGAAGGCCAAGCUGCUGAUGAGUCCUGGGGUCGCAGGUUUAGACAACGACACCCUCACCCUAAUCUUUCACGGUUUGUUGACAGGGGACUCUGGCCCUUCCCCCACAAACAUCUCUGGAGGGGGCCAAUCCUGGACGAGCCCUGCUUAUCCUCCUGCCUAUACUCCACAGCCCAUGUAUAACCCAUACUCACCACCAUCCCCGCACAACAAGCUCAGAGAGGUUGUAAAUGGGUUCAUGACGGCUUUCAGACCCAUUGGGAGCUUUGUUCAUGACUUUGUAUCUUUCACAAAAGAGAGGAAUGAAAUAAAAAGCAGCACUCUGACCCAGUUCCUGCUCAACUGGACUCUAGCUGAGCUGGCAGACAUGUACCGGCCACAAACAACACCUGUAGUUCCAGAGACGCCACAGUUUGACGUGACAAAUGUGGAGGACUGGUACCAGCAGGUCGUGUUGCCCAUAUUACAGAGUUUCUUGCCGAAUGGCGAGGCCCUGAUGCAUCAAAACAUCACACUUGCCUUCCACCAGCUGUUCUAUCUGAACCAUAGUAUGGACAAUGAAACCUCUGAAACCAUGGAUGUCUGUAGCAUCACUCUUGAUAAGAGCCCUUGUGGGCUGACAGACGCAGUGGAAAAUGUUGCUUAUGUUUUGCACUGUGCUGCUAUUACUAACUUCACAUUGUCCGAGGCGACGAUCAUCAGAUUGAUUGUGGAGCUGACAGAACGUCUGAACUCACUGAUCAAAGAGUUGUCCACUGGAAACUUCAGUGAGGUGGUGUCCGACUUUAAGCAGAUCUUUGGUGAGGCAGACUCUCCGUCUCUGACCCAGCAAUAUCUGGAGGACCCGAACUUCAUCAAGCUCUGGUUUCAGAUCAAACUGAUGCCCCUCUUGCCUGACAUACCUACAGACCUCCUGUCCUGCCUCAGCACCAAGAACUUCUCCUGUCCAGUAUACCAAACCAUUGUGGCAGCUCUCAGCAAACAGAUGAAUUUUAUGGAUGCUGAUCCAAUUUACAGUCGUAACAUCUAUGAGUACUUCAUCUAUCCUUUCCUGCUGCAUCACAACACCUCUGACCCCCAGUGUUUCUCCUCAGCCAAUCACAGUGCAAAAUGGCUGACAUACAACUUUGGUUUCUUCUCAAGAUUUGCCUCCAUUAUUGACUUCUACAACCUCAACCCAAACUUCUCUGGACUGGAUGUUCUUUACAUCUUGACUCCAACACAGAUAGCAGAGAUGCUUCUGUUGCCUCUUCCUACUCCACCUGAGAAAGACGUUGUUAUCGACCAAGUGUUUGACUUCCUAUUGGAGUCCCCUGAAGACUGGAAACUUCUGGAGGUCCUGUACGCGCUGGUCCAGCUCGCCCCAGAGGUCAAUCCACCCUGUGGCGUCUACAAACACAUUUUUCAAAGAUUGUACGGAGCUAUACAAUUUCUGCCACCAGACGUGGAGCCUGUCAUCUGGGAUGUCAUAGAUAACUUGAUGAACAUCGCUCCAGGGGAGUGUGUGCCUGAGAACAUCACGUGCCCAGUCACCCAGUACAAUGGUACUAACAUCUGCAGAGGAACUGACAGCUCUGACCUGAACUCUUACUUGAACACAUAUAUGAACGUUCCCUGCAAUUUUACCUUGGAGACAUAUGCAUGUGCACAGCUGAAGAACUUCACAGCCAAUCAGCUGGUGUCUCUUCUGAAGUGUAAUCUACCUGGAAACAGCAGCUACUCCAAUGUGCUGUGGAAGAUGCUUCUGACUAAGCUAUCCUUUAUCUUGGACCCAGCUCUGGACAUCCUAGCUAACACACCCUCGACCAUGCUUCCAUCAGCAUCAGAGGUUUUGGAUGUGAUUGGAGAAAUGAGAGUGUCGAUACUGACUAAUGAGCAGCUGAUGAACAGCAGUGUCAUCAGAGAGUGGUUCUUGGGCCGUCUGAGUGUGUUCCUCCCGUCUGCAUCAUUAAGGUUCCUGGACUGUCUGAGCCGCAGGAAUCUCAGCUGUCAGUCAUACCAGCAAAUACUGAAGGUAUUUAUCCAACAUUUCGAUGACAUGACCUCAAAGCAACAUAAUGUGGUCUUGAAGUACUUCAUCCUCAGUUUCCUGUCGCACUCAGGUUCAGCCUGUGUGUCUGCCUCCAACGGCAGUGCAGAGUGGUUGAUGAAGAAUCUGGGUCCGUUUUCAAUGUUUUUGUCCCUCAAAGAGCUGCUUCUUCUCAACCCGUACUUCAACCCUCUGGACGUCCUACAACUCCUGACUCCAGCACAGAUUGCAGAGAUGCUGGUGUUGACUAUUCCUACUCUUCCAGACAAAGAUGUCAUCAUAAAUACAAUCUUUGAUUACCUGACUGAGUCUCCUGACAAAUUUCCAGAGUUUCUGUCCUACCUCGUUAUGUUCCUUCAGCAGGGAAACCUUACCUGUUCAUCAUACAAAACUCUGUUUAGCAGACUGGACUUGGCCAUGGCCACAGUCUCUCUUGAUGUAGCAUCACACAUCAUGUACAGCAAGACUGUCUUAUCCAUGCACAUACCACCAGGUUGCAUCAUGUACAGUGGAGAGUGCAAUAUUAUCAUGACAAAUGAAACAGACAUUUGCAUCGGAGUGAACAGCACAAUGCUGCAGCUCCAACUUGACAGCGGACAGAUGAAUGGACAUUUCUGUGACUUUGCUGUUGAGAAAUUCGCUUGUGCCUCGCUGUCAGCAUUGAAAGCAGAAGAUCUAGCGGUGAUUUUGGCGUGUAAUCGCUCCUCUACCUCCAGAGGCUCAAGACCCAUCUGGAAUCUUCUCCUCUCCAAAGCUUCAGGUGUGCUGGAUGAAGCUCUGAGUCUUGUAACUAACAAGACUCUGGACCCCAGAAACCCUGCAGUGCCGCUGAUUUUGGACUCUAUACAAGAAAUCCGAUUGAACACGUUCAGCAUGGCCAGCUACAGUGAUCCUGCACUCAUCCAACUGUGGUUUAACCGCUGGCUCCGCCCUUUCCUGCCAGCUGUUUCCCCUGACUUCCUUUCAUGUCUCGCCACAAAAGGGUUGAACUGCAGCACCUACCAGUACAUCGUGCAAAUUUUGAGCCAACUCCAGCCACGCAUGACCCUCGCCACGCAGAUAUCUGUCUACACAAACUUCAUCAAGGUUUUCCUGACCAGGAAUAACACCACAGACCCCAGCUGCAGCUUGAACAUUAACAACAGUGUAGAAUGGAUGCUGAAGAACUUGGGAGGUUUCUCUGUCCUCAUGUCCUUCCAGGAUCUACAGAUGCUCUAUCACAACUUUUCAGUGAUGGAAGCGUUACCACAGCUGACAGUCAGACAGCUAGCGGAGGUGUCCGCCACACCUGGCCAGCUCAUCUCUUCAACCCAGGUUAACAUGGUGAUGAACUACAUCCCUGACCAACUUUUCCCAGCUUUCUUUGAUGACUUCUCACCAGCUAUCAGUGGUCAUGAAAACAUGUUCCCUUCUCCAGUGUUGUCAGCCAUGUUGCAAGUUGUGUUUGCUCGUGCAAACCUCUCAAAUCCCUCAGUGAGUGAUUCAGUUGUGUCACUGUGGCUCAGCAAACGACUGCCCCCGCUGUUGUUCAACCUGUCACCCCUCCAAGUCGCUAUGUUCUUCAGAAUACUGGCGGGGAGAGACUGCACUAUCCAGCAGCAGGGAGUCAAAGACCUGAAUUCAACAAUCUCAUCUCUCAGUCAAGUUACACAGAAUGACAUCCACAAUCAAAUCGUUCAGGCUCUCAAAGGACCGAUACCUCUCCAGUGCUACGGUAACAACAACAGCCACAGUUUCUACAGUUUCUUGAAGAGCUCAUUCAUGGGAUUCCAGUUCCCCAACCUGACCACCUUCCUGUCCCUCAUGCCUCAGAACAGGAUAUUUCAGCUGGUGAACUCCAUGCCUCCAUCAGAUCUUGGAGAUUUUCUCCGUCGCCCUGACGUAGUCGACAACAGUGCAGAGCUAUGUGUGAUCUACGACAACUACAUCCAGACACCGGUGUUCCUAGAGACUGAGACUCUCCCGGCGGUGGUGAAGCAGCUUACACUGCCUUGUGUCUGGCCCAUGGCUCUCAGCAGCUCCACAGAGUCAGAGGUCAAAGCCUGGUUUGACCUACGCCUUCAAAGCUACUUGGUCUUCCUCACAAAGAGUCUGAUCAGCCCCAGUACCACUCACAACGCCUCCUGCCUGGCCUUCCAAAAGCUCAUUUCAGUUCUUGGUCAAUACAACUACACUGCUGCAAACUUUGCAAGGCAAGACGUGUUUAACACCAUCACAGCCUACCUCGCCUCAGCGACGGUGCCAAGGUGUUACAAUCCCAGUGACCCAGAACUAAACUCCACAGCCUGGUUUGCUUUGUACAUCGGCCCUUUCAUGCCUUUCCUCACUCUGGAGGCUCUUCAGACAUUUGGAUCUGCACAGGUUAUCCAGGUGUUCACAGUAAACCCCUUGAACAUCGCCCUCUUCAAUAACCCCGCCUUACCUCUCAACCUCACCAACUACUACACUCAGCUUGUUUAUCAACAGGACAGCAACUUCAACCCCUUGCUGCUUCCUGGGUUCAGUUGGUGUGUUGUUCCUGGUCCAGCAUUCAGCCAGCUGACUGCAAAACAAAGUAUGAUGGUUCUGCAGAACCUGACCACUCUCUGUACAAACCUGGACCCACAGGUUUCUGCAGCUUUGGCCAGUAACUUUGGUAAUAAAAUUGAUGUCGCAAUAAUUUCUGCCCUUGGCAACAAAAGCACCAGCCUGUCCAUUGGUCAGAUCAUGACAAUAACGCCUCAAGAACUAUUUGCUGCCCUCAGCACUCUCAGCAGUGUGACGGGUUGGACUCCAGGUCAGGCCAGCGUCAUUAUCCUGUCUCUGAUGUCUUCAGGGAUCAUGCAGAUCCACAACGCUUCGUCGUUGCUCUUGCUGGGCUCUCUUGUCGUGGGUUUACCCGCAACAACGUUCAGCAGCAUCGAUGGCUCCCAGCUGCUUACUGCAUCCAAAAAUCCUUCAUUUCUGGGGUACUUGACGUCCGCUCCACAAAUUAACCAGGAGAUCUUUGUUACUCAGAUCAUUUCAGUGAACAGCAACAGUGAGGUGAUCAUACAGAACGUUCCAGAUGAACUGGCCACUGAGAUCCCUCGAGCACUGCUGGUGGGCUUCUCAAAUACCAACAGCGUUAUCACCACACUCAACAGGAAGAAUUGGAUGCCGUGGCAGGCUGAGUUGUUCUUUAAUAUAAUAGCUGUGGACACUGCAACCGCAGUGCUGGGAAGUCCAAAUAAUUUGUCAUCCUCAGUGCUGCAAGGGUUCACAAGCACCGGAGUAAGGACCUUUCCAAAACUGCAAAUCAAAUUGCUGAUCAAAGCCUGUCGGAGGGCCGGCAUUCACAAGGUCAAACUGGUGGAGACUCAGCUGACCUGCAUGUACAACUACAUUAAAGGAGACCCAGAUGCCACCAUCUUCAACCUCUAUCCCUAUGAUAUGCUGCUGUACUAUGAUUACUCCCUGGUGCCACAGAACCAAUGCAGGUCCUAUUUUGAACAGCUGGCAAAUGCAGACUUCUUUGUCUUCUCCUCCGUCCUCAGCUACAAACUGACUGCUCUGUUUAAUAAUGCCAGGAGCUGCCUGGGUAUAACAAACACAAGUUUGACCAUGGAUAAUAUAUCAGUGUUGGGAAACAUGUGCUGCACUUUGAAUGGGUCCUACAUCAAGAACUCUGACCCCUUCAUCUUGGAAAAGCUCAAGAACUGCCCAGCACUCACCAACGCUCAAGUGGCUGCUGUUGAAGCUCUACUGCAGAGCGGGAAAACACAGUACGGAGCUCCAUCAACAUGGAAUCAACAGACUCUGGUGGACCUCGGGAUGUUACCGUUGUAUUUGACUUCAAACUUCUAUGCUAACUUUAACACAACCACAAAGCAGGCGUUCUUGAGUUACUUCCUGAACGUUAUGAGCAGCAAUGGAGUGAGCAUCCAGAUGAGACAGAGGCUGAUGGACGAAAUAAUGAGGUCCAUUACUAAGAAGUCAAAGCGAUCUAUAGUAAAUGGGUGCACUGUAGGAGUGAUCACCCAGGUGACCAUCAGCGACGUGACGUUCCCCUUCGUCUAUAACGACAUAAACCAGUUCAACUGCUGCCUCAGUGCCACCACUGUUAAAGAGAACUUGGAUGCCAUCACUAGGAAGGUGACCCAGACCCAAUACCUCCAGAUUGUUCUCAGCAGGCUGAGAGAGGCUUAUGUGGCCAACUCCACCAUCCCAGAGAGUCAGGUUCAGCUCUUAGGCCCAGCGUCCCGUGUGGCCACUAUUAAUGACAUCAACAUGUGGAAUAUCACUCAGAUUGACACACUCGCUGCUUUGAUGAACCCGUCGAAUGGGCAGUGGGACCCCAGCCUGGCUAAAGCCAUCAUUUAUAAGUAUCUGAAUAAGACAGGGAACCAGCUGGGCAGUGAUGAGCUCAACGCCAUCGGAGGAGCCAACCUGUGCUCUUUGGACACAAGUGUUUUAAUGACCAUUUCCCAACAAAGCCUAAAAUCUGCCAACGCCCUGGACGUGUCCAACUGCACCACAGAGAGUAAGGCAGUUCUGUUCACCAUUGCCAGUCAAGCAUUUGCCCCAACCACCCGCACAGCUAUCUCUGCUAGCUCCUACCAGCUCACGCAACCUUACCUUGGGGGUGCAAAUUUAAACUAUAUCCGAAGUUUGGUGGCCUCCAAUAUCAACAUGGACAUUGUUACCUUCACCAAUCUGAUUACGAACGUUGUACUGAACCUGACUGUUAAUGAAGUUCGAGGUCUUCUUGGAACCAACCUGCCAGAUUUAAAGAGCUAUGAAAACCAGACACUGGUACGGGCCUGGAUCAGCAGCCAGUUGCAGUCAGAGCUUGACACACUGGGAGUGGGGCUUGUGGGAGGCAGGGCUGGCACGAUAGCUUCCACUACCUCUCCCACCACAACCACCUCAUCAUCAGUGACCACCGCCACAGGCAGCUCAUCAUCCCCAUCAUCAAUAACUGGAUCCAGCAAACCCACAACAGCAUCUUCUACCACCACAGGUAAGCCUAACAAUGGUUCCCGCAUCCGAGCAGAUGCUGCCUUCUCUGUCCUUCUCCUGGCGCUACUCAUCGCUUCUCAGAACAUUCUUGUAUGAAGAGGCACAUGGCUGAUUAUUGUAACUUAUAAAUACAUAUACACUAGCAGGAAAUUGUAUUGCCUACUGUGAAAAAAAUAUGUGCAAUAAUAAUACAGUGGAUGUACAGUAUAAUGUAUUCUUGAUUAGUUAAUCUUUCAGUAUGUAUGCUCUGAAACCUUGUAAUACAUAAAUUUUAGACUCAUAUGUUUACUUGAUGAUUAAAUGGAGGCUUAACAUAAAAAUUAGGGUGACAGUUUCUGCUGUAAUUGUGUUGCUGUAAUCCUGUGUGUCCAUUUUGAGAUAGCACUUUCUUUAGGUAGGCCUACCUGAAAAUGAUUUGCAUAUAUGGAGCUGUAGGAGAUUAAAUGCGUACUGUAUAUUGUUGCACAGUCAUUAAGUUCAUCACUUGCUUGGUCACAGUUUAUUAAUAUUCAAGGAUUUGGAGAGAAUAAGUUGUUAAUAUGAGGGUCACAUCAUCAUCAUCUGUGCAGUCAAACCAACACCAACUACAAAUUUUGUUACCAUUUACAAUAAAUAAAUAAAUCUGA